UCAGUUAUGAUAAAUCGAUAACAUUCCAAUUCAUUUUGAUUCAAUUUAAUUCUCAAAAUGUCUCGAACAGAACUCAGAAGACAGGCGAAAUUAGCCGAGCAAGCUGAACGAUGGGAAGACAUGGUCAAAUUUCUGACCAAACUUUCGAACAAUCUAGAAGCGUCAGAAGAAUUAAGUUCGGAAGAACGUAACAUGUUAGGUGUGGCGUUUAAACAUGUUGUCAGUCAGAAAAGAUCAUCGUGGAGAGUGAUUGAUAGUAUAGAAGGCGCAGUGGCUGGAAAUUCACGGGAACUUCAGUUGACUUUGGAUUUCAAAGCGAAUGUGGAAAAGGAAAUUGAACAGAUAUGCAUGGAUUUAGUGACAUUACUGGACGCGAAGUUGAUCCCGAAAUGCAAAUCAGCGGAUGCCAAAGUAUUUCUCUACAAAAUGAGAGGCGACUACUAUCGCUACUUGGCCGAAAUAAAACCACCCGAAGUCCAAAUAGACUCGAUGAAGAUGGCAGAAGAAAGUUAUGAUGAAGCACAUGCGAUGUGUCUGGCAUCUAGCGAUCUAAGAGCCAGUCAUCCGAUUAGACUAAGUCUGGCACUUAAUUUCUCCGUUUUUAAGUUCGAGAUAUUAAAGCAACCGAGUGCUGCUCUGGAUAUGGCAAAAGAGGCCUUUGAAAUGGGACUUAGAGACCUAGAAAAGCUAGACGUCGACUCGGCCAACUAUAAAGAUAGCAAAUUCAUCAUCCAGCUUCUACGAGACAACAUAUCGCUGUGGUCAAGUGACGAAGAGUAAAUGCGUCCUGAUUUCGACCCAAAACCACUGGCUGAAACUUUGAUAAAUAGAUUUCUUAGUUAUUAAUUACUUCUUAAUUACGUUUGAUUCCAACUGCUUUAUCCAUAAAAAAUGCUAAUCAUUUCACAAUGUUGAAUUUAAAUUUUGAUCGAUUUUGUGGGUCUGACUUUCACUAAUUUGAACAGCAGAUCUAAAACUUUCAUGUUAUGAAAAUUAAUGAAUUGAUCCUGAGUUUUGUUGGACUAAUG